GUUGAUUAUUUUUAUAAAACGAUACAUUUACAAAAACGAUAGACAAAUUUUGACAUUAAGUGAGCUAAUAACAAAAACAAGAGGCAUAUUUUGACAGCUGGGUAGUUGAAUAACAAAAACAAUUGCCAGUAGUUGUGGUAUAUUCACACCGUAUUAAUACACUUUAGUAGCAGCCUCUCUAUAAUAUUGAAGAAAGAAAAAAUUCUUUUAGUGCUUAACGUGUUGAAGAAAAAUGUAAAAUUUAUUAAAAUAUUGCUUAAAAUAUUAUUAAAAAAGUGCUUAUAAUUAAAAUUAAAUAUAUUUAACAUGGAUUUUCCACAACAAAUUGAAGAAAUCCUGAAAUUCUAAUAUUUUUAAUGUUUAUUUUUAAAGAUAAGCAUCAACAUUUUAGCAACACACCAAACACCUACAAAUAAUCGGCUAAAAAAAGCACUCAAAAUUACAAAAGAAACAAAAAACCCAUCAUUUCCUUUACAUCCUUAAAAAAAGUUUUGUUUUGUAUAUAAAAUUUCCCAAAGAAACCUUUUAGUAUAUAAAACUAGCUCCUCAACUACUACUUAACUUUCAAUAUACACAGAGACACUAGUGGAGAGACCACCCACGGCCUAUGAUGUUGUAAUGGAGUCACCGCUUUAUGCGGCUCAACAAACGGAACGUACGCAACAACGUUUGAAUACGAAAACAACUACAGAUACAAUUAGUACUAAUCUUAAUUAUGUAGAUAAAAUGUCUACCAGUAUGAAUAGUACUUUGGAAGACACCACACCCAGUGAUUCGGGUGUACAAAUGUUAGAUUCGGAAUCUAGUGAAUUAAUGGUGGAAUCUAUUAGUUCACAGACAGGCUUUGAGUUUGAGGAAGCUAAAGUGGCGGCUGCUAAAUUGGAAAAAUCUAAAGAGGCUUUAUUGUUAAAUGCCGCCGAGGAGACCACUGUUAUGGAUUCCAACUCGAAUAUAACCACGGUCUCGGCGGUACCCUCCACCGUGGUAGAGGAGGCCAUGACUACUAGUCAAAUGUCCACUUUUGAUACUACCGAAAAUAUAGUAUUUCGCCGUAAAGUACGCAAAAGUCCUAAUAUAGCUAAGGCACCCAAAAAACGAGUUUCAUUCCAUGAAGAUAUUUUGAAAAAUACUCGCACCGAUAACAUACACAUAGAGCAUGGUUUUAUAACCUAUAAGGCGGGAGGUGUACGCAAAAUGGCUCCUCUUGUGGGUCAGGCAGGUCGCUAUUCCUGGUGUUCCGAAGGUGAUAAGCAGCAGCCUACGGAAAUAUCGCAUCAUCAAGAGUCAGAAGAUGGCGCUAAUGAAGAUGUAACCAAACGUAGACGGCGUGUGGUAUAUCGUAAUGCCUGUUCAGAUGUUUUAGACUAUGGCAAUUCGGAUGUUUAUGAUAUGAAUGAUAGUGCAGCCUUACAGUACGACAAUUCGGGGGUAUUUGAAUACAUGCCCAAAGAACUGAAUGAGGACAAGACCGGCAAGUGUGAGGAAAAGCCGGAAAAUAAACCAGAACUAUAUAAAUGCUCUUGUUCCAGUUCGAAUUCUAGUCUAGAUUCCGAUGAAAAUGAUAAAAAUUCCAAUACACAGCAACAGCAGCAACAAUAUGGUCAGGCUAAAAGCAGUUCCUGUGAUUGUAUAGGGGCAGCCAAUAAUGCCAAUAAUAAUUUCAUAGGUGAAAAUUGCUAUUACUCUGAACCCAAUAUUGACAUUAACGAAAGUCCUCCUCGCCAGAAAUCUGUGUGGAAUAAGGAAAAGAAACCCAAAUCUAGUUGUUUGAAAAAAUCCAAAUGCCAAACCAAUAUUAUACAUGAACAAGAUCUUACUACUAAAAUGAAGAAAUUUAAUGUACACGAUAUGAAUCAAUUGCUCGAUAAUAGCAGUAAAAUGAUAUUUGGUUCCUUGAAAAGUAUAUUCACUAUGCCUUUGCCCGAAAGAGGAGUACCCGAGGGUUCUGAGGAUCUACAAUCUGUAAUAGAAUGUGUGGCUGAAUUGGAACAACAAACUCCAGAACAUAAAACCGCCACACAAGACUCGCAAGAUUCACAGCAGCUCUCUGAAUCGCCACCCCUUAAACAGAAACCUUUUCUCAGCAAAAGCCUAGAUGGUUCCAAGCAACAGCAACCCAUUAAGAAAUUUGUGCACAAUGUUGAUGAGCAAUUAAGACGCAAAAAAGAGGAGGACAUCUAUGCCCCUACCAGACAAAACAGUGAUGAGAAAAAUCAAAAAGAUUCUACCACAACCACACCCCAUCAACUGCAGCGGCAGCAAGAGUUCGAUGCCACCGAACUUGAUAACAACUCAUCAUCUUCUUCGCUCGCCACCUCUGCUGCCAAUUCGGCCGCCACUUCAGCUUGUGAAACCUCAGAACGUACACCAUUUCGCAAUAAAUUCAUUAUCAACUGUGAGAGCACUGUUUUCGAACAUACUGGCGUUUCGUAUUGCUAUGAAUCAUCUUCGUUCAAUGAUCUCACCAAUAUGGAAGAUUCUCAAGGCAGUAUUGCUAGUUUAAUUGAAAAAGAUACACCCAUUGCUCAACCAGAACCGGAUCAAUUACGUUCAGCGUUUAUCUCUGCGCCCAUAGCGAAGACAUUUUCGAAUUUCUUUCGCAGUUUCAAAGAUGCUGGCAAAGAGAAACAACAUCAACAGCAAACCUCACCUAAGAAGUUGUCUACUAAGAAUCGUGCACAAGAGGAGGCUAAACAAUUGCAACAGGCUACGGACAAUUAUUUUGCUCUUAAAAUGCCCAAAAAACCCAACAAUAUCCCCACACCUUUAGCCAAUAGUACUCCAACAAAACUCUCUAAAUUCCCCAACACAACAUCAUCAUCCACCAUAUCUGAACUAACAACUAAUACUAAUACUUCCAAUUCUAAUACACAAGCGAUGCUACAACAUCAAAAGUCAAGCACUUCCUUAACCAGUGGCAUAGCCAGCGGCAGUGGUGGUUCCUCCACGACAACACCAGCACAAAGAGAAAGUCUGGCCAUCGGGGCUGAUUAUCGCACCAAUCUGGACAAACAAUCGCGACACUUGCCAUCACCGCUGAAGAAACGUUUAAGUGGCAAUGGCUCAAAUCUCAUACAACAACAGCAGCCGCCACGCUAUGGCUGCAGUGUACCGCCAACAACUGAUUACUCAGCACUAAGUCCUGAUAUCUACAACAAUUAUAUGGGUGCUAGGGGUGGGUGUGGUCGUGAUUCUAAGAGUACUAUUUUAAGUGAAGAAUUCGAUGAUAUUCUGACCAUAACCACUGAUACGGAGCGCAAUGAAAGUGAUAUUGUUAUUGUGGACUAUCACGAUGUCAGCGACCGCCAGAGUGCGAUGGCUGACUAUAAUAAUCUCUUAAAACCACCAUCACAGCCACCAGCCAAGACAUCGCUUAUCAAUCGUUUCUUGCGCAACGUGACACAAAAGAAAAUACUCGAAUCCUCAAUACGACGCAACAAUUUCUUUGCGCACAAAUUGAAAAACGAACAGAAACUGCUGACGGGCAAUUUGUAUGUUAAGGGCGCCAAGCCGCGCAAUUUAGAAUUAAUCGAUGAUUUGAAUGCAGAAAUUGCCAUGGAAAUCGAAAUGUCUGGCGUUAAUUCUCCACGCAAAGAAUUGACUAGUUUAGAUGCCGAUCUUCCAGGAGAUUUGUCACGUUUCGAAUUGGGCAUAGGCGAAAUAUCGAUAGAUGUUUUUGCGGGUGUUCAAUUGCACAUUCUACGCGAUGAGAGUGAACAAUUGAUGAAGGUUUUCAAAUUGUACACGGGCUAUAGUAAGGAGGGUUAUAUGACGCCUGUUUUGGUUCUAUUAACUGAUAAAACGUUGUAUGUUACCGAUUUGGUAAGAAAUCGUUUAUGCUCAAAAUUUGUUUUGGCCUACAAGGACUUGGAUGUUAUAUUGAUGGGUCCUUAUGGCAAUACAGUGUUACUUUCGAAUAAUAAUAGGGACAUGCAGCAGGUGCUGUUGGCUGGCGGUCCUUAUCCGGCAGCUGGUUUAGUGGCUAAUUUGGAAUUGUGUGCUAGACGCAGUGGUUCUACACUACCCGCAGUGGGUCAGCUUACAUUGGAUCAUUUGGCCCCUUUGCAACAUUUUGUUAGGGAAAAUUCUUGUGUGGGCAAAUCUGAUACCUGGAUGUAUUAUGCAGUCGUGAAUGUACCCGGUUCUGCCAUAAAUGAUCCUGGGGAUCAAGAGCCUCUGGGUCCACAUGCCAAAGGUUUCCUCAUGCAUCGACGCAUUAAAGAGCAUAUGGGUAAUUCCAAACAUUCUUGGAAUCCAGGAUAUUUUCUAUUAAAAGCUGGAGUUCUGUACAUGUUUAAUGAUUCCACACAAAAAAUCCCCAGUUGGGCCAUGGCUUUGGCCGAGUGUCAGGGUGCUAGAAGAGCGGUCAAAGCUCAAAGACCUCACUGUUUCGAAAUAAUGCUGAAAAAUAAAAUGCUUUUGCAGCUGGCUGCUCCCGAUGAGUAUGUGGCUUCCGAAUGGUUACAGGCUUUGUUACAAUCAGCCAGUGGGCUUUUUGAAAUGCAAGAAAAACACAAAACCUUGGGCUGUACCUUGGUGGUUACACAAAAUCAUUUAAUAACUUUAAGAGAAGAUUUCCUAUCUCCUCUAAGAAAAAUCAACCGAAAACCAGAACAAAAUAAUGAAAUAGAAACUGCUGCAGGUGCAUCAAACAAAACGGAAGACGACUUAAAUCCUUAUCAACAGGAAACUGGCAGCUUGUUAAGUUCCGCCAUGAGCACACCCACACGUAAUACACAACGUUCAUCGUCAUCGGUAAAUUCAACACCAACCAAACUGUCGCAACUAUCACGUUCCACAACCACAUGUCAUACCACCUUAGCUACUACAUCCUCGUUAGCUAGUAAUGCUACACAAUCCUCUGUAUCCACAACCACCAAUUCGAAACGUACUCAACCCACACACACCACCAACACCAAUAAUACCAAUGAUCUUCAACUGCAGCAGCAACAACAACAACAGCAGCAGCCCUCACAAUCGUCAUCCUCACCACCACCAACAUCUUCGUCCCGCCUUUCGACCAUGAGCAGUGUUUAUGGUAAAAAUUCCGGUUUAGAGAUAUUAACUUGUGCCGAUAUUAAAGAGAUGACUGGCAUUAAAAUUCCCUCGCUUAACGAGACCUGGUGGUGUAUUUUGGAAUUUUCUUGUCAGGAGGUUCGUGAGUGUUCCGAUGAUUUGGUGAUAUUUUUUGCUAGCAGCACUGAAAUGCAACGAUUCUUAAGAUUGUUGGAGAAACUAUGGCAGGCUAAAAAUAAUGAUCUAUUUCCUAUAACAGUCCUCGACGAAGAUGAUAUUAUUGCUGAGCAGUGUACUAUGUUAUAUAUGGAUAUUAAUCGUUCAUGGGAACCUCUACUAUCGGCUGCUUUAGGCUAUCCCCUAUAAAUUUGCUUGUUACAAACAAAAAAUUAAAAAAAAAAAAAUAUUUAAAAACAAACAAAUAUUUUUGCAAUAAUAUUAACAAACAAACAAUAAGAUAAACUCAAAUACUAAAAAAUAACAACAACAAAAUAUUUAUACCAGCAAACAAAUUUAUAUUCAAAAAAUGAAAGCUUGACAAAUAUUUUACUCUCAACUAAAAAAAUUACUUCUUAAAAUACAAAAACUUAUUAAACAAAAUACAAUAAGGAGAAAGAAAGUCAAAGUGAAGUAAGAAACGAAAAUAUUUGGCAAAAGUAAACAAACAUCAGGAUUUAUAAAAUUAACAAUUAAAAAAUAAAUACAUACAUACAUAUUCUAAUGAAAAUUAUUUAAAUCAAAAUACGAAAACAUUUAUACAACAAGUUAUAAAGUAACAAAGUUAUAAACAUUUUUCUUAAUUUUUUUUAUUAAGGUUCUAUUGUAAAGUUUAUACUAUUUUUGUUUGUUCUUUAAACAUUUCAUUCUACAAAUGGUGAUUUAAUGUUAUUUUUUUGCUUUAAUUUUGAUAAUUUAAAAAUGUGAUAUUUUUUUUUCAAAUAAUUUUGAAAUUUAUUAAAUAUAUUUUCUUUAAUUAAGGUAUUUUUGUGUAAUGGUAGUAGUGUAUAUAAAUAUGAAAUGAAACAAUUGUAGUUAAAUGUGAAAGCUAAAGAAUUUUAAAUAUUUUUUUUUAAAAUAAUUUUAUUUUUAUUAUAUUUUUUUAUGUUUUUGUUUAAUUUUAAUUUAAUUAUCUCAACAUUCUCAUAAAUGUCUGGUACAUAUUAGUUUAUGUCAGGGUAUUCCAUUUUUUUCGCUCUUUGAAAAUAUAAAACACAAGAUUUCAGAAUAAAAUUCUGUUUUUCUCAUCUCAUAUAUAUUUUUUUUAUAAAAUAAUAAAAAAUAUCCAGCACAAAUAAAGGUUUUUUUUCUUUAAACAUUUAUCAUAGUUUGCCAAAUUGUUUAUAAAUAUUAAGUUUAUAGUUUAAAACAAAAUUAUGUUUUAUUAAGAUACUCUUUUCUCUACCCCACCCCCCCCUAAAAGCAAUUGUUAAUAUUGAACAAAGCCUCCCAAUUUCUAUUUAAAUUAAACUUAGUUUAGUGUAAACUAUUUACAAUUUCAUUUGCUUUAAUUAAUUGCUUUCUUAUUACAAAAAUAUUAAAAUUAUUAAUAAAAAAACCUGCCUUAUUGUGUUAUAAUUUUCUCUUUAAAAAAAAAAUUAAUAAAAUUUAAAAUCUAUACUGUG